CGCGGAGCGACGGCCGGAGGCAGAGGCUUAGGCCCCGGUGGGGCGUUUGGUUUCGGUUUGGCCCUGACUGGAAUUAGCGUUGACGGUCGAAAUGGGAGUCCCCAAGUUUUACCGAUGGAUCUCGGAGCGGUAUCCCUGCCUCAGUGAAGUGGUGAAAGAGCAUCAGAUUCCUGAAUUUGACAACUUGUACCUGGAUAUGAAUGGAAUCAUACAUCAAUGUUCCCAUCCUAAUGAUGAUGAUGUUCACUUCAGAAUUUCUGAUGAUAAAAUCUUUACUGAUAUUUUUCACUACUUGGAGGUGUUGUUUCGCAUUAUUAAACCUAGGAAAGUGUUCUUUAUGGCUGUUGAUGGUGUGGCUCCUCGAGCAAAAAUGAACCAGCAGCGGGGGAGGCGUUUUAGGUCAGCAAAGGAGGCAGAAGACAAAAUUAAAAAGGCAUUAGAAAAAGGAGAAACUCUUCCUACAGAGGCCAGAUUUGAUUCCAACUGUAUUACACCAGGGACUGAAUUCAUGGCCAGGUUACAUGAACAUCUGAAGUAUUUUGUAAAUAUGAAAAUUUCUACAGAUAAGUCGUGGCAAGGAGUUACCAUCUACUUCUCAGGCCAUGAGACCCCCGGAGAAGGAGAGCAUAAAAUCAUGGAAUUUAUCAGAUCCGAGAAAGCAAAGCCAGAUCAUGAUCCCAACACCAGACAUUGUCUUUAUGGUUUAGAUGCUGACUUGAUUAUGCUUGGAUUAACAAGUCAUGAGGCACAUUUCUCUCUUUUAAGAGAAGAGGUUCGGUUUGGUGGCAAAAAGACACAAAGGGUAUGCGCACCAGAAGAAACCACAUUUCACCUCCUACACUUGUCUUUAAUGAGAGAGUAUAUUGACUAUGAGUUUUCAGUACUGAAAGACAAGAUCACUUUUAAAUAUGAUAUUGAAAGGAUAAUAGAUGAUUGGAUUUUGAUGGGAUUUCUUGUUGGGAAUGAUUUUAUCCCUCAUCUACCUCAUUUACAUAUUAAUCAUGAUGCACUGCCUCUUCUUUAUGGAACAUAUAUUACCAUCCUGCCAGAACUUGGUGGUUAUAUUAAUGAAAGUGGGCAUCUCAACUUACCUCGAUUUGAGAAAUACCUUGUGAAACUAUCAGAUUUUGAUCGGGAGCACUUCAGUGAAGUUUUUGUGGACCUAAAGUGGUUUGAAAGCAAAGUUGGUAACAAGUACCUCAAUGAAGCAGCAGGUGUUGCAGCAGAAGAAGCCAAGAACUACAAGGAAAAGAAAAAAACAAAGGGCCAGGAAAAUGCCAUUUGUUGGGCUGCUUUAGACAAAAGUGGAGAAGAAGUGGUAACUUCUAAGGAUAAUUUAGAAGAUGAGACUGAAGAUGAUGACCUAUUUGAAACUGAGUUUAGACAAUAUAAAAGAACAUAUUACAUGACGAAGAUGGGAGUUGAUGUAGUGUCUGAUGACUUUCUGGCUGAUCAAGCUGCAUGUUAUGUUCAGGCAAUACAGUGGAUUUUGCACUAUUACUAUCAUGGAGUUCAGUCCUGGAGCUGGUAUUAUCCCUACCAUUAUGCACCUUUCCUGUCUGAUAUCCGUAACAUCAGUACACUCAAAAUCCAUUUUGAACUAGGAAAACCUUUUAAGCCAUUCGAACAGCUUCUUGCUGUACUUCCAGCAGCUAGCAAAAAUUUACUUCCUACAUGCUACCAGCACUUGAUGACCAGUGAAGACUCACCAAUUAUAGAAUAUUAUCCACCUGAUUUUAAAACUGACCUAAAUGGGAAACAACAGGAAUGGGAAGCUGUGGUACUAAUACCUUUUAUUGAUGAGAAGCGAUUGUUGGAAGCCAUGGAAACAUGUAACCACUCCCUCAAAAAGGAAGAAAGGAAAAGAAACCAACAUAGUGAGUGCCUAAUGUGCUGGUAUGAUAGAGACACAGAGUUCACCUACCCCUCACCAUGGCCAGAAAAGUUCCCUGCCAUAGAACAUUGUUGCACAAGGUAUAAAAUAAUAUCAUUAGAUGCUUGGCGUGUAGACAUAAGCAAGAACAAAAUAACCAGGGUUGACCAGAAGGCGUUGUAUUUCUGUGGAUUUCCUACCCUGAAACACAUCAAACACAAAUUUUUUUUGAAGAAGAGUGGGGUUCAAGUAUUCCAGCAAAGCAGUCGUGGAGAAAACAUGAUGUUAGAAAUCUUAGUGAAUGCAGAAUCAGAUGAAUUUUGUGUAGAAAAUAUAGCUUCAUCCGUGCUUGGAAAGUCUGUCUUUGUUAAUUGGCCUCAUCUUGAAGAAGCUAGAGUUGUUGGUAUAUCAGAUGGAGAAACUAAAUUUUACUUGGAAGAACCUCCAGGAACACAGAAGCUUUAUUUGGGAAGAACUGCCCCACCAUCUAAAGUGGUCCAUCUUGGAGACAAAGAGCAAUCUAACUGGACAAAAGAAGUACAAGGAAUUUCAGAAUACUACCUAAGAAGAAAAGGAAUAAUAAUAAAUGAAACAUCCGCAGUUGUAUAUGCUCAGUUACUCACAGGUCGUAAAUAUCAAAUAAAUCAAAAUGGCGAAGUCCAUCUAGAGAAACAAUGGUCGAAACAAGUUCUUCCUUUUGUUUAUCAAACUAUUGUAAAGGACAUCCGAGCUUUUGACUCCCGUUUCUCCAAAAUCAAAACAUUGGAUGACUUGUUUCCUCCUAGAAGUACGGUCUUUAUGCUGGGAACCCCCUAUUAUGGCUGCACUGGAGAAGUUCAGGAUUCAGGGGAUGUGAUUACAGAAGGUAGGAUUCGUGUGAUUUUCAGCAUUCCAUGUGAACCCAAUCUUGAUGCUUUAAUACAGAACCAGCAUAAAUAUUCUAUAAAGUACAACCCAGGAUAUGUGUUGGCCAGUCGCCUUGGAGUGAGUGGAUACCUUGUUUCAAGGUUUACAGGAAGUAUUUUUAUUGGAAGAGGAUCUAGGAGAAACCCUCAUGGAGACCAUAAAGCAAAUGUGGGUUUGAAUCUCAAAUUCAACAAAAAAAAUGAGGAGGUACCUGGCUAUACUAAGAAAGUUGGAAGUGAGUGGAUGUAUUCAUCUGCAGCAGAACAACUUCUUGCAGAGUACUUAGAGAGGGCUCCAGAACUAUUUAGUUAUAUAGCCAAAAACAGCCAGGAGGAUGUAUUCUAUGAAGAUGACAUUUGGCCUGGAGAAAAUGAGAAUGGUGCUGAGAAAGUUCAAGAAAUUAUUACUUGGCUAAAGGGACAUCCUGUCAGUACUUUGUCUCGUUCUUCUUGUGAUUUACAAAUUCUGGAUGCAGCUAUUGUUGAGAAAAUUGAGGAAGAAGUCGAAAAGUGCAAGCAAAGAAAGAAUAAUAAGAAGGUACGAGUGACAGUGAAGCCCCAUUUGCUGUACAGACCUUUAGAACAGCAACAUGGAGUCAUUCCUGAUCGAGAUGCAGAAUUUCGUCUCUUUGACCGUGUGGUAAAUGUGAGAGAGUACUUUUCAGUUCCAGUUGGCCUUCGGGGCACCAUCAUAGGAAUUAAAGGGGCUAAUAGAGAAGCUGAUGUACUAUUUGAAGUAUUAUUUGAUGAAGAAUUUCCUGGAGGCUUAACAAUAAGGUGCUCGCCUGGUAGAGGUUAUCGACUGCCAACAAGUGCCUUGGUAAAUCUUACUCAUGGGAGUCGCUCUGAAACUGGAAAUCAGAAGUUGACAGCCAUUGUGAAACCACAACCAGCUGUGAAUCACUAUAGCUCAAAUUCAUCAAUUUCAUCUGGGCAUUUGGGAGGCCUGAACCAUUCUCCCCAAUCACUUUUUGUUCCUACUCAAGUACCUACUAAAGAUGAUGAUGAGUUUUGCAACAUUUGGCAGUCCUUACAGGGAUCUGGAAAGGUUCAACAUUUUCAGCCAACUCUACAAGAGAAGGUUACAGUUCUACCUCAAGAAAUAAGUCAAGUAACUCAACAUCAUAAAUCUGGCUUUACUGACAACAGUGUUAAAUGUCAGCAAAGAAAACAUGAGGCUCACAGGAAAUUUAAAGAAGAGUGUAAAAGUCCUAAAACUGAGACUCGGUUACAAAAAAUGUCAAAUAAACAGAUGUUUGGAGGGCCUGCCAAAUGUAAUAUUAAGCUAUUGAAGAGAAAUGAAAGUGCAGAAGUCUCAGAAAACCAAAAGGUUGUGACUGGUUACCCAAACGCUAUUGAUAAGCCAAAUCCUAGAAUUGAGAACUUUUUAGCGUCCUUGAAUAUCUCCAAAGAAAAUGAAGUACAAUCAUCUCAUCAUGAAGAGCCUCCAAGUGAAGAACUUUUGUCACCGCAGUCAUUUGCUAUGAAGGGAACUCGGAUGCUUAAAGAAAUACUAAAAAUUGAUGGCUCUGAUGCUGUGGACCAUAAAAAUGAAACGAAACAGUUUGGUAAUGAAGUCAAUGUUUCCUCUAAUAGAAGAGAUGAAUAUGGACCUUCCUCCCAGGCUAAACAAAAUAAGAAAUUAACAUCUUACAUGAAUAAGCCUCACAGUACUAGUGAAUACCAUAAUGUUCAGUCUAUGGACCAUGUGUGUUGGCCUGCUCCCAGCCAUAUCCCUCCUGUGUCCACACCAGUAACUGAACUUUCUCGAAUUUGUUCCCUUAUUGGAAUGCCACAACCAGAUUUCUCCUUUCUUAGAACGCCACAGACAAUGACAGUUUGCCAGGUAAAAUUAUCUAAUGGCUUACUGGUACAUGGGCCACAGUGCCAUUCUGAAAAUGAAGCCAAGGAAAAAGCUGCACUUUUUGCUUUACAACAAUUGGGCUCCUUAGGAGUGAAUUUCCCUUUGCCUCCACCAAUAUUUCCAAAUUAUCCUCCUGCUGUACCACCCGGAACCAUUCCUCCGGUUUUUCCUCAACCUACUGGCUGGGAUCACUAUGGAAGCAACUUAGCAUUGGGGGCAGCUAAUAUAAUGCCUUCAUCAUCUCACCUCUUUGGCUCCAUGCCAUGGGGACCACCAGUGCCAGUUCCUGGGAAACCAUUUCAUCAUCCUUCAUAUUCUGGGACCAUGCCAAUGGCUGGAGGAAUGCCAGGUGGUGUGCACAAUCAGUUCAUACCUCUACAGGUUACUAAAAAAAGGGUUGCAAAUAAAAAGAACUUGGAGAGUAAGGAGGCCCAGAGUUCUCACGCUACCCCACUUCAGACUAGCCAGCCAGGGUCUUCCAGUGUCACCAAAGUGAUUCCACAGGAGAGUUCAUCCGCUUCCUUAAAGUCCUCUCAGAAUACUCAGCCUGCGUCUUCUUUUCAAGUUGAAGCUGCCUCCCAAGGCCAUAGUAUGUCUCAUCACAAGUCAACACCAAGCUCUUCUUCAAGAAGAAAAUCAAGAAAACUGGCCGUCAAUUUCGGCGUUUCCAAACCUUCUGAAUAAAUUUGGUACCUGGAAUUAAAUUAAUUUCUUUCCUUUCCACCCACCUUUUUAGAAAUCCACAUCUGUGUCUCAUAAAAAAUUAGAAUGUGCUAUUUUAAAGUAGUACAUUUUGAUUAAAAAUUUUCCUUUCAGUUAAAAUUUUUUAAUUUGUCAGGCACUUUUCAUGCUAUAUCAAAUUGUGCAUCUUAAACAUGCACAGUUUGUUUUACAUCAAUUAUACCUCAGUAAAGCUGUAAAAAAGAAAAACUAAAUUAAACCUUGUGUUAAAAUAGUAUCAGUGGACUAAGCAUUAAAGUGUACCACUCUAACUCUUGGCCUCUCAUCAACAGAAGUAUACUGAACCAUGAAUUAGACAUCAUAGUGCAAUAAUAAAAAAUUUUUUUACACUAUUGAGGGAUAAUUAAAUGGAGCUUGAAAAUUGGGCCUCAAUCUACUGAAUGUGGAUUUUAUUUCUCUUUUUAAUGAUGUGACUGGUUUGUCAGGAGAAUGACUCUUAUUUAUAAGUAUUUUAACUUACAUUUUGUUGUCUCUGAGGGUCCUUUAGACCUGCUGUGAAAUGAUCACACGUGUUGUGGUGCUGCCAGUUUUGCUUUAUUCUACAUUUUGUACCAAAGCAACUUUAGAAUACUGAUCAGAGUAUUUCAUUUAACUGCUUAGAACUAUAAAUAGCAAUCUAGAUUUGAGCAAGUAAUUACAAUUUUUUAGAUUACUCAAGAACCAGCAUUAGAAAUUUCUAAUAAAAUUAAGUUUCAAAAUCUACAGGGUACAACGACUACAAAUUAAUCUUCUAAUAGAAUAAAAUAUAUUAAUCAUGUUGUUAGUUGAAAUUGUGUUAUUCUUUUGUAUAGCUUUUUACUUGCUUAAACAUAUAUGAGAGCUUCUUUGUUGGUCCAUGUGUCGUGUUUCUUGAGAUUGAUGAAAUUCUAAUUUUUAAAAAAAUUCUGAGGUGUGCUAUAAUACAGGCACAAUCAGUUUGUGAUGUACUUUAUUUACAUGACAAACGCCUGUCUCAUUCUGUUUCCAUAUUUUUAGCUUUAUGCUGAACUGCUCAGUGACUCUGGCAUUUUGUCCUUGCAUGUCAUGUGUGAAGUGUGUAUUGUUCAAGCUGUGGCUGUUGAAAUCAUUUUAGAAUUUAUGAAAAUUUCUCAGUGGUACCAGGACCUGAGUUUUUUUAUAUAUGUAUAUAAAUAUGUACACACACACAUAUA